GAUGCUUUAUAGAUCAAUGAAAUCUGUGAGCUCAGCGAAACAACUGUUUGGAGAACUGAGCGAUCACCCCGGAGCUGCGGCAGCAACAUUAGUGGCUACGUGUAAUUCUGGGGCAAAAUGGCAGAUAGAAAGAAUAAUAAUGCUCCCAACAACAGUGCAAAUUUACUGUUUAGCGCGGCUCCGGAGUUUAACUUCAACCUGCCUUUCAUGCCAGUGAGUCGGGCCACUGGUCCGGCGGUGUUGUCAGGAGUUGAUUCCACCGAUGUUGGAGAAGAAGACAGCUUCCUCGGUCAAACCUCUGCCAACGGGCCACCCCCCUCCACAUUCAACUACUUCUCCAGCCCCGUCACCAGCAGUGACCCGUUCGCGGCCAUCGGCCAGUCGCCAUGCCCGCCGCCGGCCCCGUCUACAGCCCCGACAUCAAUAGGCGCCGCGUCCUUUCCCAGCGGUGUCGGCAUGGCCCCGCAACCCCCGCCGGCCUCACAAAUGAAUCCUGCACCCCCGGCGUUCGGCAGUGCAGUUUACCAAAGUCCGAUGGGACGUCACACUCCUCCCCCCCACACGAUGACCCCGCCGCCUCCCCAGAUGCAGCCACAGAGUCAUAACCCGUACCGACACACGCCAAUAAGCAGCAGAGCCAGUCCGUACAUUCCGGCUCCAGAGGUGCUGCCUCUAAUGCACACACCUCAGCAGAACCCGUACGCCCUCAGCUCGCCGCCACAGACAUUCCCGCUGUCAGGGCCCACAUUCACAAAACCUCCUCCCACACAGUUUCAAGGUCCUCCGCCUACAGCCACCACCAGUGGAGCGAUAGUCCCUGCUGGUCCCAUGAUGCCCCACAAUUACAAUGUCUACGAGGCUGUUCUGCCUCACUGGUUCUACUGCAAGCAAGUGGAAUCAAAGAGUGUCUGGCUUCCAUUCAGUAUCAUUGACUCGCUUCAGCUAGAGGAGACAUACAACUCAGUUCAACCAGACCCAGAAAAUGUGAUCAUACGAACAGACGGAGGUCGGUACGACGUGCAGCUCUAUGACCGCCUGCGGACUCCGGUGUACUGGGAAGAGGAGCCCACAGAGGUCCGUCGCUGCAGUUGGUUCUACAAAGGGGACACGGAUAGUCGCUUUAUUCCUUACUCUGAGGAGUUCAGCGACAAGCUGGAGGCGGAAUAUAAGAAAGCUGUGUCUACCAACCAGUGGCACCGUAGGCUGGAGUUCCCAUCAGGAGAGACCAUUGUGAUGCACAAUCCAAAGGUGAUUGUGCAGUUUCAGCCCUCCUCUAUGCCAGAUGAGUGGAGCACCACUCAGGAUGGGCAGACCAGGCCCAGAGUGGUGAAGAGAGGGAUUGAUGAUGACCAUGACGAAGUACCAGAUGGUGAGCUCGCGAAGGUGGAUCAUCUUGUGUUCAUGGUUCAUGGCAUCGGUCCUGUGUGUGACCUGAGGUUUCGGAGCAUGAUCGAGUGUGUGGACGACUUCCGCAGCGUGUCACUGAAGCUGCUGCACAGCCACUUUGACAAACCGCUGGAUGAGCACGCCAUCAGCAGGGUGGAGUUCCUCCCUGUCCAGUGGCACACGGCACUACAUGGAGAUGCCACAGGGGUGGACAGGAGGAUAAAGAAGAUCACGUUGCCCAGCACUGGACGUCUACGUCACUUUACAAAUGAGACUUUGUUAGAUGUGCUCUUCUACAACAGUCCCACUUACUGCCAGACCAUUAUGGACACAGUCGCCCAAGAGAUUAACAGACUUUAUGCCCUGUUCAUGACGAGGAACCCGGACUACACAGGAAGCACAUCAGUGGCCGGACACAGCUUAGGCUCCUUGAUUCUCUUUGACCUCUUGUCAAAUCAGAAGAGUGGCUCCUCUGCACCGGCCGUGCCAAUCGUCCCCGCGGCGGAUGGCAACACCCAACAGGUGGAAGCGCCUGCUGCCGCCCCUCCCGCUGUGGAAGAGGAGCCCAACGACGACGGGGAGGAGUUUGAGGAUAUUUCCGCCAUGCUGGAACACCUGGGAUUGUCUGAGUACAAGAACACCUUUGAGGAGGAGAAGAUCGACAUUGAAUCUUUUCUUAUGUGUACGAUUGAGGACCUGAAAGAGAUGGGCAUCCCACUCGGUCCCAGGAAAAAGGUCGCCAAGUUCGUCAAAGAGAGAGUGACGAAGCAGGCGGCACGUCAAGCAGCCCGGGAGAAGAAGGCGGAGGUCAAAGAGGUCAGUCAGGCCGCGGCGCCCCCACCAGCAGCCGAAGCUGCUCCCGAUCUGUCUGUGAAGAAGCUUCCAGCGGGAAGCUCCGUACAUGUCGACUACAACUACUUUGAAGUCGGCACUGGGCAGGUGUCAGUGGUUUACCACUCCCUGGACUUUGAGCCCAUUCAUUUCUUUGCCUUGGGUUCACCGAUUGGCAUGUUUCUGACUGUCCGAGGCCUGGAAAAGAUUGAGGAGACGUACCAGCUGCCCACGUGCAAAGGAUUCUUCAACAUUUACCACCCGUUGGACCCGGUGGCAUACAGGAUCGAGCCCAUGAUAAUCCCAGACAUGGACUUUAAGCCUGUUCUGAUCCCACAUCACAAAGGGAGGAAGAGGCUGCAUCUGGAGCUGAAGGAGAGCCUCACCAGGAUGGGCUCUGACCUGAAGCACGGUUUCAUCAGCUCCCUGAGGAGCGCCUGGCAGACGCUCAAUGACUUUGCUCGCGCUCACACCUCCUCCGCCCAGCUGCAGGCCGAGCUGGCCAUGGUAGCCAAUCAAAUCGAAGAAGAGGAGAAGCAAGCGCAGGAGGGUGAGUUUGGUGGCCCUUCAAUUCAAGUUCUGUAUCGUGAGAUAUUUAAAAUGCCACUCUGGUUUGUCACAGAACACAAGAUCCCAGAUAUCCCAGAGCCUUUGAAGGAGGAGGAGCCUCAGAUUAAGGUUGGGAUGCUGAAUGGAGGGAAUCGCAUCGACUACGUGCUCCAGGAGAAGCCAAUAGAGAGUUUCAACGAGUACCUGUUUGCCCUCCAGAGUCACCUGUGCUACUGGCAAUCUGAAGACACAGCUCUACUCAUUCUCAAGGAGAUCUACAAGACCAUGGGCAUCCAUCCAGAGCAGAUAGCCCACUGACACAGUACCAGAUGAAAAUAAGCCGGUCUGAGACUUCCCCUUCUGCUUUGUUUCAUGUCAGUUUACCUGGUUUUUAUUUUCAUUUUCUAUUCGUGUCGUUCAUUGUAAUGUAUGCAGAUGAAUAAUAUCGUAUUAUGCCAUUUCUUAAAUUAAGAAACAUACAAAUGAGCUUUGUGAGAAAGGCAUGUUUGAUAUUACAUUUUAUGGUAUAAAUUAUAGAAGUUUACUCAAUAUGCAUCACAAAAUAACUUAUCAGCAGUUAAUGAAGCACUGUUUUAUUUAAUGGACGACUUUCAAAAUAAAUCAUUUCCAUACUUGCUCAUUUUCACUUGUGUGCUGCUGAGAUGAGGAAAAUAUUUCUACAAAAAAACUAAUAUUAGCAAAACAUGACUUAAAAAAGAACAGCAGAGGACUAGGUGCAAGAAUAAGCUGCUUUGAGAGAAAAAUAAAGCACUUCUUGCUAGUUAAUGUAGUUUCACACCUGUCCUCAGUAACAUCACACCUCCAACAUCCACUCAUUGUGAGAUGGAAUACAUUUUAAAAACAUUUCAUGUCAAGCAUGAAGUCUUGUACAACUUGCAUGUAUGAAACAAAGUUAGAAAAGUAUUUACAAGUGUAGCUUUAACAUUCAAACGCAGUCCAGUAUUAGAACUCAUAACGUAGUGAGUCACUCUCACCGGCCAGAAAUGACUAGUGCUGUAAAUGUUAUCCAGACAAUACUGUCCCACACAGACCUGAUAUCAUAGUGCUGCAUGCUAUAAGCUAAUCUCUGCCCCUGGCUCUUUGUCUAUUAAAUCAUGCUGCUCUGUUGAAGUCGUCAGCAAAGAACAAAAGUGACUCACACAGAACACAAAAUGACUUCCCUUUUUUCCCCCAAUAACCUAUAAAUAAUAUCAACAGACUGCAUACACAACUGCCAGUCACUUUUAACAGCAAACACUAAUUUGUUUUGAAGCUAAACUUGCAGAAAUGUACCAGUUGUGGGUCAAAUUACAUUAUCCGAACAAAGUGCAAUUUAUUUUUCCUUUUGUCAAUAGUAAAUAAAUAGUUGUAGCUUGA